UCUAACCAGAUGUGACGUUUGCUUCGGCCGGAAGCCAUGUCGUUCUUUCUGCUCCCGAGCUGCCAUCAUGGUGUUCAAGCGCUUUGUCGAAAUUGGCCGCGUCGCCUACAUUGGUUUCGGGCCUUACGCCGGCAAGCUGGUGGCCAUUGUCGAUGUCAUCGACCAAAAUAGGGCUCUUGUUGACGGUCCGUGCACUGGUGUGAAGAGGCAGGCCAUGCCCUUCAAGUGCAUGCAGCUCACAGACUACGUCAUCAAAGUACCUCACAGUGCUCGCCAGAAGUUUGUCAGAAGAGCCUGGGAGAAGGCCGGAGUCAACGAGAAGUGGGAACAGAGCAGCUGGGCCAAGAAGAUCGAGGCAAGAGAGAAGAGGGCCAAAAUGUCCGACUUCGACCGCUACAAGGUGAUGAAAGCCAAGAGGAUGAGGAACAAGAUCAUCAAGCACGAGGUGAAGAAACUCCAGAAACAGGCGGCAACGAAGAAGAAGUGAAAUUAUUUUUGUCCAAAAUAAACAUUCUGAUUGGUUCCA